AAAUGUCAACGCACAUUAUAAAACUAGGAGAACAGGCCUCUACAGUCCGGCAAAAUAAUCCACAACAUUUAACCGACAGAACAUUUUUCAUCGAUGCUUCUAACCAGAGACUGACGACCAUCCCCGUGGAGAUUUUAAGAUUAAAAGAAUUAGAAGAAAUACAUUUAGAAAAUAACAGGAUUGAAGCGAUUCCGCGGGAUAUUCAGGAUUUAAGGAAUGUCAGGAUCCUCUACUUGAACAAGAACAAACUGAAGAAGCUGUGCCCGGAGCUGGGGGAGCUGAGCAGCCUGGAGGGCCUGGACCUGAGCGACAACCCGGUGGACCCCCCCUCCAUUCCCAUCAUCAGCCACCUGCACGCCCUGCGCGAGCUCCGCCUCUACAGGGUCGCCCUGAGGGAGUUCCCCAUCGCCGUCUGUAAGUCCCUUCACCACCUCGAGCUGCUCGGAUUGUCCGGAAACCUCUUGAAAUCUUUGCCCAAAGAAAUGGUGAACCAGACCAAACUGAGGGAGAUCUACCUGAAUCAAAACAAGUUUGAAACGUUCCCCGCGGAGCUGUGCGCUCUCUCCAACCUGGAGAUCAUUGACCUGGAUGGGAACAAAGUAACGUCCAUCCCACAAGAGAUCGGGGAUCUGCCUAUGCUGCUGAAGUUCUACGUGGCUCGUAACAACGUGUCCGUCAUUCCGGAAUCACUGAGCCACUGCAGCAAGUUAACUGUCCUGGAUUUUUCCCACAACUCCAUCCAGUCCCUCCCGAAAUCCUUCUCCGAACUCACCGCGAUCGCGGAAAUCGGGCUGAGUGGGAACAACCUGGGGAAGGUGCCCCGCCUCCUCUGCCGAUGGCCCUCGCUGCACCUGCUCUACCUGAGCAACACAGGACUGCGGAGUCUGCGGGGCUCCUUCCGGCGCCUGGUCACCUUGUGCUACCUGGAUCUCAGCCAGAACCAGCUGGAACGAUUUCCCUUGCAGCUUUGUGCGCUGAAGGACUUGGAAAUCCUGGCUCUGGACGACAACAAAAUUCAGCAGCUACCUCCAGACAUUGUCUCACUUUCCAAACUGAAGAUUCUUGGAUUAACAGGAAACCAGUUCUCUGCCUUUCCCGAAGAGGUCUUUACGCUAACAACAUUGGAAAAACUGUACUUGGGGCAAGACCAAGGAGUCAAGUUUACCAAUUUGCCGGAAGGCAUUAGCAAUCUGCAGAAUCUUAAAGAACUGCAUAUGGAAUACAAUCACCUGAAGCACCUGCCCGAGUCUUUGGGCUCACUGUCUAACCUGCAAAUUCUUGAUUGCCGCCAUAAUUUGCUUCGGCAACUUCCAGACACCAUUUGCCAAUUACAAGACCUGUCUAUGUUUGGAGGACUGGACCCCUCACCCAAUACCUCCCGGCAGUUGCUCACCAGCCACAUGAUCCAGGCAUGGUGGCGUGGACUGAUGGUAAGGAAAGGACUGGGGAGAUAUGAAGAACUACAAAAACCACGAAAAAAAGGGAAGACCUCUCCAAGCGAUAAGAAGGGAAAGAAGGCAGAGAAAGGAAAACCUCCAAAGGGAAAUAAGAAAUAA